AUGACGCCCUAUGAGCAGCUAUGGGGGAGUUACUUGAUUGGAGGAGUGUGCUCUGCCGUGUAUGUUGGUUUAACGCUUUCCUUACUGGGUAUUUUGACGGUUCAAACCUUUCACUACUUCUCUGCCUUUCGGGGUGAUCCUCUGGGGACUCGGGUCACAGUUGUCGUUCUUGCUACAGUUUUCUCAGAUUGGUUCCUUAGGUUAUGUUUUGCCUCUCGUGCAUACGGCGAGCUCAUUGGCCGGUUCGAUGGUGCCUCGACCAUAACCACUAAUUCAUCCCAGGAGGCGAUAUUUCAAUUAAGCGCUGUCAGUUUAUUGCGUCGCACUACUGCCGUGUUAUCAGGACCAAUAUCGGACUUAGGUUAUAACCGCAGCGAUUGUUCAGCUCUAUUUUUUGGGCCUGCUUCACAGGUUGUAUGGAAGUAUCUUCUUGACCGUUACAUUGAUUGCGGUCUUGAUGUGUCAGUUAGGAUGACGAUGCAUACUCACGAUAUGGAAGCGCUUAUAACUGGUAUCGAACCUUUGACCACCACCUGGUUAGGGUCCGAAGCAUUACUUGAUGUUGUCAUCGCUGCUUUGAUGUGUGCAGAACUUAGGAAACGUCAGACAGGCGUUCAACAUACGGAUGCGAUUGUGAAAACACUUAUGCUAUAUGCUAUAAACACAGGUAUUCUAACAUCGUGGGUACUGUUCGAUCCGCCGUCUAUUCCUUUUUAUAGAGAGAUUGAUUCGCACAGGCUCGUUGCAUUGACAUCGCUUUCCCUGGUGGAUUUCUUUCAUUCUUGUGGUGAUAUGACACUCACUAUCACGCCAGUUCUCCAUUUCCAGGCUUCGGUGGGCUUACUAUGGUUCCUGUCUGCCGGCUCCCGGCCUGUAUUCUAUUUCACUCCUCAUGAAUCUCCUGUCACGGACUCACCUGCGGAGAAAAAUGGAGCAAGCUCAGGGUCAAGCAAUUUCAAUUCACCUCACCCAGAUACCAGCACGGGUAUGUGGAAAUUGCUGUCUCUGACUUUGAUUGAUGUUAUCUGA